AGACAAAUAAAAGUAAAAUGUCCCAUACUUUCAUUAUAUUCCUGUGCCAGCACACCUCAAAGCUCAUAGUGUAAAAAGAUGUGUGCGAGACGACGCGUACAACAUACGUGGUCACCGUCUCACAUAUCUCUACUAUGCCCGAUCUGACAACGGAUUUCUACGCCAUCCUUAAAUCCCGACAUGCUGCUCGCUCCUUGGCACACGAAGGUGCACCUAAUAAUGCCAAUAUCUCUGCUACCUCCAUUCUGCGAAAAAAGAGGCGAAAAUCUCACAGUGAACGUGGGGAUGCCUUCUUGAAAGAGGCAUAUCGGCUGCUGGAGCAUGUCAAUCAACUCCGGUACUUUCUCCUGCGAGCCCGAAAGUACUAUCUGGACACUGGCCGGCAUGUGACGUCCGCGAAACCACUUUCAGAAGGCGAACUGGCGACAGAUGAGCAUUACGCACGCCAAAAAGAUACUCUGCCCCUCCUGAAGAUGCUCCCGCAACUCAAAAAUAUGACGGAUAAGCAGCGUGUGGAGCUAGAUAUGCAGACACAGAUCCUCGUAGAGACAUUUCUAAAGCGGGUGGCAGUUUUGUCUCAGCUUGGAGAAAAUCUGUCGAAUGCCCCACCAAAGCCGGCCUUUCUACUUUCAUUUCUGAGUACUGAUGAAGAUUUGCACCAGAGGAUGCUUCGUGAACACCGAAACUCAGUCAUAUGGUUGCUCCGGAAACGAUUGAUGGACGUUUCUAAUAUCCAGAAGGAUAUGCAAGAACGUUUGAUGCAGCGAAGACUUAGUCGGGAGGACACAUAUUUCUAUAAAGGGGUGAAUGCUACAAAAACUCGGCCGACACCUCUAUCGCCUGCUACCGCCGAACAGGAAGACGCUCAUGAUCUUUCUCUUGCCCAGUUGACAUCGAAACUCACCAGUUCAUUAACGGGAGGAAAUCCCACCCCACUGCCGCGUUCUAAAUCAAGCUCGGCAGAGUCUCUUGAUCAAAGGGAUUCAAGGGCCCUUGCAUUGCAGGAGCGGGUGGAGGACAAUGAUGUGGCGUCCCAACUGGAACCCCAGGAACGACAGCUUCUGGAAUCCGAGAAUGCGGCAUUACUGGAGGAGCUGGAAAGUAGUAUUGACCAAGUGCGAGAAACAACCCAAUCCCUCAAUGUGAUCUCUAGUCUGCAUUCACGACUUAGUCACGAACUCCAAUCCCAAUCAGAGACCAUCGGAUUUUUGUAUGAUGAUGCCUGGCGGAGUACCGAAAGUGUGAAGAAUGCGAAUCUCCAGCUCAUUAGCGCACAAAAGCACUUUGGCGAUGCAAGAAUUUGGGUCUUGUUAUUCUUAGUGAUUGCCAGUGCUAUUCUAUGGUUCCUCGAUUACUACGGAUAAUAUAGGAUGUGCAUUUCCGCAAAUCGAAUGUCAGAAAAUCUGCAUUGCGAUGAAAUUGCUGCAAUGCGAUGAAAUUGCUGCAAUGCGAUGAAAUUGUCGAAAAUCGUAUGGCGGCAUGAAUUUGCCCCGCAUCAGAGCAACCAAUUACCCUAGACUAGAAUUUUUCCAUUGGGUAGUCGAGCAAAUGCAACGUAGUUAGAAUUAUCAUUUCAUCACAGGAAUUGCGUAGAAAUCAACAGAUCUAGACAUUCAACUUGGUACCAGAUGGCACCUGCAGGAAAGGAAACAAUGAACAUUAUUGGAAAGC